AUGACAGUUUCAGCGAAAGAUGACGAACCGAACGAAGCUAUUCAGACGUUGGAAAAGUCUUUAACGCCAACGCCUUCCUCUCAAGGGAAGAAGAAGCAAAAGCGAGAAUCGUCAUCGGUCCCCGGGAAGGUGCCUCUCGUAAAAGAUGACGAUGAUGGUGGUGCUGGUGGUGGUGCCGAUGGUGCGAAAAAGAAGAACAACGAAGGCGGCGAAAACACGGAGGUGCAGUUCAAGCGCGACUUUUUCGAGAAGCAGUGGAGAAAAGACGCGAGGAUUUACGAGUACGGCUCUGCCGCGAAUCCAGACAUGAAACCGAUUCCAGUGUUGGUGCACCCGCCAGAUUGGCACGAACGAGGCGAGACGCGCAUUAUUCCGUUCGAUAUCGACGAUUUUUUGGAAAUCGACAAGCAGUGCACGUCGCCGAAUCUGAUGGCGUCGUUUAUUCGCAUCUGCGAAGGGGAGAAUUUGGAGACGACGGCGAACGCGACGAGUCAAGCGUUUUAUGUCAUUCGCGGGAGCGGGUGCACGACGAGCGAACACGGGACGAUAAACUGGGACACGGGAGAUUUGUUCGUCGUGCCGGUGUGCGAGCAGGAGAUGUUGCACGAAUGCGUGAAGGCGGAGAAAGGUGGUGCGGCGUUAUAUUGGGUACACGACGAACCGCUGAUGGAUUAUUUGGGGGUCACGCCGAAUAAGAGGGCGAAUAAGUUCAAGCCGACGUUGUAUAAGAGAGACGACAUGUUGGCGCAAGUGGAGGAGAUUUCGCACUCUACGACGAAAUCGAACAACCGACUCGGGGUUUUGCUUGGGAACGCGAAAUGCGAGCAGACGAAGACGUUGACGCACGUGUUGUGGUCGCUUUUGAACUCGAUUCCUGCGAGAAAUGUGCAAAGACCGCACAGACACAACUCGGUCGCUUUGGAUUUAGCCGUCGCGGCGAAACCGGGCGUGUACACGUUGAUGGGUAAAGAAAUUGACGACAAAGGGGAUAUUAUCGACCCAAUUCGGUGCGAUUGGAUUCCAGGUGGUGUUUUUAUCACCCCACCGGGAUGGUGGCAUUCUCACCACAACGAAAGCGACGAAGUCGCGUGGGUUUUGCCUAUGCAAGAUGCCGGGUUGUACACGCACCAAAGAACGUUGGACAUUCGAUUCGUGGACGACGAGUUGGAGUUGCAUAAACAAGGGAAGAUUCGCGGGUCGGCGUUUGCGGUGACGAACAAGCAGUACAUUAAUAUGGUAGAGAUGGGCGCGAAAGUGCCGAUUCCAAGAGGGAAGGAUAGUACGAUGAAGAGAAGCUUUUCGAAAGAACACAUGACGGAUUCCGACGGCGAACACUAA